AGCACAGUUCAGACCGGCGGCUCCACACGUGUGCUGUGUUUACAGCUGCAGGCAGGCAGGCUGAGGGUUGUAGAUGGGGGUUUAGUGUGUGUAGAUGUUUAUAGGGGUUUAGGGGUUUAAUAUCUCAGUCUGGAGCUUCUCACGGGUCAAGCAGGAUGCAGGACGCCGCGGCCGAAGGCGGGACUGGCCGGUUCCAGGCGCAGUUUUUCGCUAUGUGCGGAUUAAACGCGUUUCAGUGGGGAGGUUUAGAGACUGAGCUCAAAUCUUCUCCAGAACCUUCAGAAGUCAUUUUGGACAUUUUAAAAAAGACAUGUUUACAUUCCAUCUGUCGCAAAACCCCACCCUCCGUGAAGUACAGGAGACUCUUCCUCUCAGAGCUCAUAAAAAGGCAUGAGCGGACUGCUGCCGAGCCUCUGGAUGAGCUGUACGAUGCUCUGGCUGAGGUUGUGGGUGCAAAAGAGGAACCAGUUUGUUAUAAAACCUAUUUACUGCCUUCAGGGGAGCCAGUAAGUCUAGAAGAAAAUGUGGCAUUUAUCUCGGAUGGAACCACGGGGCUGGUCACCUGGGAAGCUGCUCUUUACAUGUCAGAAUGGGCACUUGAAAACCAACACAUCUUUACUGGCAGGACUGUGCUGGAGUUAGGCAGUGGAGUGGGGCUCACUGGGAUUGUAGUGUGUCAGGCUUGCAAACCCACCAAAUACGUCUUCAGCGACUGCCAUCAAACCGUGCUCCAGAGACUCAGGAACAACGUUCACCACAAUGGCCUGACUGAACAUGGCAACCCAGACUCAGUCUCAGUCAGUGUGGAGGAACUGGACUGGGAAACUGUGAGCGAUGAACAGCUGCAAAGGAUUGGAGCUGACGUGGUCAUCGCUGCAGAUGUGGUUUAUGAUCCUGAUAUAAUCGGCUGUCUGGUGAGGCUGCUGGCUAAACUUCUUAACUGCAAAAUGAAGGAAAGUCCUCCUGAAGUUUAUAUAGCCUCAACCAUUCGCAACCCAAAGACAUACGAAUGCUUCAGGGAUGAACUAGAAAAGGCUGGAUUGAAACACCUCGUCGUUACCCAUCCCGUCACACACGUCUUCCCAUACACCCGAGUCUCCACCAUAGAAAUGCUCAAGAUACUCAGUUGACCUGAUCUGUCAAAAUCUCUUUUUUUGUUAUUAAAGUGCUUAUUUACAUCUUA